GAGUGACUUCCGGUGAGUAUUGCGUGGCUGUAAGCAGCUCUGAUUGAGUUCAGCUUUGUGCAGCAGCAAGACCUCUCUCACUGCCGCAGAACCAAAUGAACGCCCUCGUUUCCCUUACCUCCAGACGUGACAGCACUGACAUUAUGCAGUAUUUAGACAUCACUUCCUCACAAAACAUGGACACCAUUAAGGGGAGAAUGUUAAAGGAGUGAAUAACUGUUACCGACAGCACUAUUUUAUACUGAACCGCAUCGUUAGCUUAGCUGGCUAGCAGAUAGAUUUUUAGUCUCUGCUGCUGGGUGGCGUUGCCCGAGGCCGGACACCAGCGAUGGGAAUCAUUUUCACAAAAUUAUGGAGGCUUUUUAACCACCAAGAGCACAAAGUCAUUAUUGUUGGGCUGGACAAUGCAGGAAAGACCACCAUACUUUAUCAGUUCUCUAUGAAUGAGGUGGUGCACACUUCACCCACCAUAGGCAGCAAUGUGGAAGAGAUUGUGGUCAAUAAUACACAUUUCCUUAUGUGGGACAUUGGAGGACAGGAAUCGCUACGCUCCUCCUGGAACACUUACUACACUAACACAGAGUUUGUGAUUGUGGUCGUGGACAGCACAGACAGGGAGAGAAUCUCCGUGACCAGAGAGGAGCUCUACAGGAUGUUAGCCCAUGAGGAUCUGAAAAAAGCUGGUUUGUUGAUUUUCGCCAACAAGCAAGAUGUGAAGGGUUGUAUGACUGUUGCUGAGAUUUCCCAGAGUCUUCAGCUUACAUCUGUCAAAGACCAUCAGUGGCACAUCCAGGCCUGCUGUGCUCUCACUGGAGAAGGGCUCUGUCAGGGUCUAGAAUGGAUGAUGUCACGGCUGCGAGUAAGAUGACCUCUGACCUCAGAUAGCAGUGUGCUCUCUCUAUCUUUCCAACCGGACGUGGAGGCCGGGUGUCGCUCACUGUGAAGGUGACCCAGCGACGUCACCAGAACUUGUUUGAUUAAUUUAUUACAGAUUAUUGAGACCUGUGAACAAACAAUCUGCAACUAAGUAAAAAAGUCAGGACUUGCGAGACAGCAUAAACUCAGUGUUUUUCUGCGUGAAUGGCUGUUGAAAGAGUAAUGGUGGUUGAACAGACCUUGGAUUAAAAUGUCUCUAGCUGAUCAGAACCCUACCUGGAGUGGCCUCACUGCUUUGCCCAGCUAGCUGACAAGGUGAUGCCCAGUGUGUACAGUCCAGUAUUUUCAUUAACCUUGUGCCUGCACCUGACUCUGUCUCCUCUGGAAUGAGGAGGAGACACAUUACCAUGCAAGAGGAGACUGCACUUAUGUAAAAUACAACUAAAUAAAGUGUUUUUAUCUGUCAUGA